CUGCCUCCGAGAGCGUCAUGUAAACACCGGUUGGCGUGGCUUGUUCGAGCGUCCUUCGCGUCCCUCACACCCGUUGAUUGACAUUUCGUGGUAUUUCUUGGGCUUUCGUCUUUAAAGCCUAUUUAGCUUAGGCGUCCCACGUUCUCGAAGGUUGAAGCUGUAAUACCAGUUGCAGCAAAAUAAUUUUGUAUCUUUGGUAUAGAAACCUCUUGGUAUACCUCUGGUAAAGGGCUAGAAGGAAAGGGAUUUGAAUGAAUAAUCCCGUAGCCUACUCUUCUAACGAGUUUGACAGCGCCUGAGGAACUAGGGUAGGUGGGCGUUGUGAGAGACAUAUAACUAUCCUCACGAGAGAUCAGGUGUAAUCACCAACUUCUGCAUCAACAUGGCUCCUGUUGCCAAGUCCAAGAAAGCUCCAAGGACAUCGACUGGUCCUAAGAAGCGUGGCCGACCUAAGGGAUCAAAAAAUAAGGUUGCAGCUAAAGGCCCUUCAAAGGUUGCCAAGGGUACUACAAAAGCAGCCAAAGGCAACUCUAAUCCAGUUAAAUUUGCUGAACUCGUUCAAGCUGCGUUUGAAGCUCUCGAUAACCGCAAAGGAACUUCCCUUCAGGCAGUCAAGAAGUACUUGAAGGAAAACAAUAACAUUGACUCCCGGAAGAAAUCUGUUUACAUUAAUAAGGUAAUCAAGAACAUGACUGACAAUGGGGUUAUUCUACACGUAAUUGGCAAAGGCGCCAGAGGAAGCUUCAAGUUGGCCAAUAGUCAGAAGUUCAAGCAUGGAAAUUCAAGCUCUCUGAAGUUCUCCAAGCAUGUGCUGGCAGCCCUGGAGGCUUUGGAUAACCGAAAGGGAUGUUCUCUCCAGGAUAUUAAAAAGUACCUGAAGGAGAACAAAGGUGUCGAUCCAAAGAAGAAGGCUGUUCACAUCAAUAAUGCUAUCAGAGCCCUGACUCAAGAGGGGAAGUUCCGCCAAGUUGUCGGAACAGGAGCUAAAGGACGUUUCAGGUUGCAGAAGGAAGAUGUAAUUGCACCUAGCUUCUCGGACCUUGUUUUUGAAGCUUUCAAGGCCCUGGAUAAUCGCAAGGGAUCUACUCUGCAAGCUGUUAGGAAGUACCUGAAGGAAAACAACGGGAUUGAUCCCCAAAAGAAGGCUGUCUAUAUCAACAAGACCAUACGAAGAUUCUUAGAAGAUGGAACACUCCAGCACUUGAUUGGUUCUGGGGUCAAGGGAACAUUCAAACUGUGUAAAGCUCAACCACCACCAAGGGUCAGUCACAAGAAAACAAAGAAAGCAAGCAAGGAGGAGGAAGCUCCGAAAGAAGAGGAAGUGACUGAAGAUGAUGCAGAUGCCAGUGAAGAAAAGUAAAGUCUGUUCUUCGUUUGCAUUUGACAGUUUGGAUCGGUUUUUAGACUUAGCGAAGGUUUUGGAAAAAAUACAAAAUAAAUUUUUUACAUUUUCUGUUUGUUUGCUUCAGUGAGUCUUAACCUAUGUUAAACAUGCCUGUAUAUAGCUUCAGACCUAUUAUGUUGCAUAGGAAUGAUGAAAGGGAAAACAGUAGAUUACUUUGAUUUUAGUGGGUCUUUAUAGCAUAAAUCUUGUGCAUAUAUAUAUAUUUAGUCCCAAGUCGUAUGCAGAUAAUGUCGUAAGUCACAUAUCCCAAGUAUUCAUAGCCUUUUAAUAUGUACGUCUAUAUUUUGUAAGUAGAGGAAUAAAUAGUACAAUUUUUAAAGCAUGAUAUAAAUGGUAAGAUAAGAUGUUUGUUAGUGAUAAUUUUAUAUUAACACUAAUGAUAACAACCAUAACAACAAUGAGGUUAAUAAUAAUGAUCUUUGUAUAAUUUUUAUGGGAGACGCCUACACUGAGCAGCUGUGAAGGCUGAUGUAAAAUAAUUUUAUCUUGUAAUUUAUCAGUGGACACUUGCUUAGCUCACACAUUUAGUAUUAUUAUUAUUAUUAUUCCUUUGAGUUUAUAUAUAUUAUAUAUACAUAUACACGCAAACAACCAUAAAUAUAUAUAUAUAUGUACACAUGCACUGUAUGUAUACAUAUACAUGUAUACACAUGCUGUUUAUGUGUAUGUAAUUAUACAUAUACAUUAUAUAUAAUAUAUAUAUAUAUAUAUAUAUAUAUAUAUAUAUAUAUAUAUAUAUAUAUAUAUGCACAUACCCAUACUGAUACACAUAUAAUGAAUUGUGAGCUAAGUAGAAUCUUUUAAAUAUUACUGUUGGGAAAUUUUGUAGCCUAUAUAUUGAUACUACUACUGCUAAUGUCUUUAUUACUAUCAUUAUUUAUCAUUUCAUUAUGCUUUGGGGAAUUUUCAUCUGUUCUGCAUCCCAUUUUAUAAGUACUUUACCGAUUUUAUUUAUUAGCAGUAGUACUAUUUUCAUAAAUUUUGGUAUCAUUGUUGUUUCCUAUAUUGUUAGGAUUAAUUUGUAAGUGUAAUAAUGCUAAGGUUGAUGUUAGUAUUAUGAUCCUAUUAUAUCCCCUUUUCAUAAAUAUUCGUAUGCAAUAUCCUUUUUAAGAUAAUGUGCAGUAUAAAUAACACGAAAUACCCUUGUAUUUUUGUUAUGUUCGAUAAAUAAGUAACAAUUUGUA